AUGGCCCAGAUACGAUCAGCAAGCCUUAAGCGAACUACAAAAGAAACUGACAUCGACUUGUACCUCCAACUGGAUUGCCCAAUCGGUGUGAAACAAGAAAUCAGCGUCAACACUGGGAUUGGAUUUCUAGACCACAUGCUGGACGCACUUGCAAAACACUCAGGGAUGUCUCUCCGAUUGAAUUGCAAAGGCGACCUCCACAUCGAUGAUCAUCACACGACCGAGGACGUUGCGAUUGCCCUCGGCCAAGCGUUUCAUCAAGCUCUAUUCGGACAAAAUGGCGAAGGAUUAAAGGGUAUUCGUCGAUUUGGGACUGGGUUUGCUCCUCUAGACGAGGCUCUGGCUAGGGCUGUUGUUGAUAUCUCCAACAGACCAACCUGCUCAACUGAUUUGAAACUGAAACGAGAGAUGAUCGGCAAUCUUUCAUGUGAAAUGAUCCCCCACGUGUUCUACUCGUUCGCAAUGGGCGCUCAAAUCACACUUCACGUGGAUGUCUUGAAGGGCGAGAAUGAUCACCACAAAUCGGAGGCUAGUUUUAAGGCACUCGCACUCGCCCUCAAGCAAGCGAUAGAAAGGACUGGCUCCGAUGAAGUCCCAAGUACCAAAGGAACUCUAUCAGUCUAA